CGGACGCGUGUGCGGACGAGGGCUCGGGAAGGUUUGGCGGCUGAGACUCCGCUGCUCCGAGCUGCUGCGCCGGCUUCCCCGCCCCGUCUCCUGCCGCCCCCCGACUCGGGGGCUUGAGCCUGAGAGCGUCCCGGGCCGGGCCUUCCAGCCCCGAAGCAGCCCACCCAGAGGGCCCUGGACUCCGAUCGCGAGGUCGGAGGCUCCGGGGAAGUUCUUCGGACCUUCGAGAAGAACUCGAGGACUUGCGGCUGCCCGACCCGAGCCUAGCGUGGGUAGCGCCGAGGCUCGGGCAGCAUGACGACGGAGACCUUCGUGAAGGAUAUCAAGCCCGGGCUCAAGAAUCUGAACCUCAUCUUCAUUGUGCUGGAGACAGGCCGAGUGACCAAGACAAAGGACGGGCACGAGGUUCGGACCUGCAAAGUGGCAGACAAAACAGGCAGCAUCAAUAUCUCUGUCUGGGACGACGUGGGCAACCUGAUCCAGCCUGGAGACAUUAUUCGGCUCACCAAAGGGUACGCUUCAGUGUUCAAAGGCUGUCUCACACUAUACACUGGACGUGGUGGUGACCUUCAGAAGAUUGGAGAAUUCUGUAUGGUUUAUUCUGAGGUUCCUAACUUCAGUGAGCCAAACCCAGAGUACAGCGCCCAGCAGGCACCCAACAAGACGGUGCAGAACGACAGCAGCCCCACAGCUCCGCAGUCUGCCACAGGACCGCCUGCCGUCUCUCCAGCCCCUGAGAACCAGAACGGGAAUGGACUGAGUGCCCCACCAGGUCCUGGUGGUGGCCCACACCCACCUCACAUACCCUCGCACCCCCCCAGCACCCGAAUUACCCGAAGCCAGCCCAACCACACACCUGCCGGCCCGCCUGGCCCCUCCAGCAACCCUGUCAGUAACGGCAAAGAAACCCGGAGGAGCAGCAAGAGAUAGCAAGACGUUCUUCGUCCCUUCCCACCACCCACCAUAACCCAGGUGUCUCCUGGAGAACACAGCCUCCUACUAGGCUGCUGGCUUUUGGGGGGUGGGGUGGGGGUGGCUGGGUAGGUAACAGUAUUUUAGCCACUAAAUUUCACUGCAGGGGUAGGGAGCCGAGGCCUUUAGUCACCCUAAGCCCAUACUCCCUGCCUUGCCCAGCUGAAGCUGCCUAUCCCCUGGGAUUGAAGGCCCUUUGCCUGCCCUCCUUCCUUUUAGAAACCAGUCACAGUCUGUUUCCAAUGUGUGUGAUGUGGGAGUCGAAUUGAACCCCUCCUUCCUAAUAAACGUUACACUCUGUG